CAAAAACUAAGCACACACGACCCUGCCUUGACCCGUCUCCUUCUCUCCCAAAAUCUUGAUGCGACAGUCCACUCCCUUCUCAGUCUCUCCUUCAUCUCGAUGCCCUUCCCACUUCUUACCCUAAUCCCAAUGCGACAGUCCCUCCCUCCUCUUCCCUCUUAGUCGUGGAUUCAUUUGCAUUCGGUUCUAUUCGUUGUUGCUUCCUCCUCACCAGUUUAUUGUAAGAUCUUUGCUCGGGGAGUCCUCUCUCUCUCUCUCUCUCAGUUUGUGUAAUAUCUUUGAUUGACCUCAGGUUCCUGUAGACUUCACUAAGACGAUUCAGAUCUUGAAUAGCCGCCAGAUGCAUCGUUAAUGUAAAUGCACAUAGGUACAUUCUUCCUCUGCGUUGUAACGCUUACUGCAUCAAAAGUCCCUUUCAUUGGCGAUCCUAAGAUGCUUAGGCUUAUUUAGAUUUAGAAUCAGAGAUUACCAUACUGCAACUAUAGACGGAGAGAAAGUACUUGUCAAGAGAAAAGCUGAAUUGUUAAGGAAGGAGGAAGAGCUUCAAAGCUGCAAAGGAGAAUGGGUAAGAAACCCAAAGCUGCAAAGAAUCAAGAAAAGGAACCCAUGUGUAAGCCUGAACGUACAAGUCCACCUCAGGAGAGAGUGACUUUGCAGCCUGGAAAAAUAAAUCCUUCCCCAGAGAGAGUGGGAUCACAGCCCAAUAGAGGAAAUCCUUCCCCAGCCAGUAUGGAAAUACAGUCUGAAAGCAGCAUCCCUUCCUUGGGGAGGGUGAAGACACAGCCUAAACAGCAAGCAGAUCUUUCCAAACAAUCAAAUCCAAAUAAAAGAGUGAAAUUCUAUGCUAGUGUUGUCAGGCGAUCUGAACGUAUCCGAAAUGCAGUUAUGCCUGCUCAGAACCUGGACAUUGAGCCUAUUGUUGAAGAGAUAAUUCUAAGUGAAAGUGAGAAGGAAGAUGACCCCCCUACUCAGACUCAGAGGGAGCAAAAUCAGCCUGAGCCAACAACCUUUGAUGAAAAGGACUUGGAAGAAAAGGUUGAAUAUAUCUUACAACAAUUGGAAGCACAAGAAAAGGCCAUGGAAGCAUUAAAGUCUGAGUCAUCUAAGGCAGAUUUUUCAUACAAAAAAUUGUAUAUAGACUCCCAAAAAAAGGUUGAAUCCUUGAGUGAAGAAAAUAAACAACUUUCCAUGAAGCUGGAAAUUGCUCUUGGAAAACUUGAAGCAUAUGAGAACGGAAAUCGAGUUUUCUCUGAAGUGUUGGAGAAAUUGAAGGAUUUCAUCUUGGUCUCGAAUCUGACAAAAGCUACUGAGACUGCGUUUAAUGCAUCAUCUCAGGCAUUACGCAGUACCUUCUGUGCAGAUGAUGAUGCUCUUGGAUCUGGAAGUCGUGCAGUAAAGAGAAAUAAAACUACCUCCCAAAAUGAAAAGAACUGAAACUCAUCACAUAGUCUAGGUGUUUUGCCAAAUAUUUUUAGCGUACUUUUGUCUGAAUCUAGGGCGGUCUUGUUUGGUUAAAAAGUAGAGAUGAUGACUCGGGUGGUGGUACUAGAUUGCUUUGAGCUUGACCCGCAAGUGCUUUUGAUGUUUAACUUCUUUGGAGAACAUUUUGUUGGGUACUUCUAGAUACAGUGGACAAUGUCAUUCCAAGAUAUGAUAUGCUUUUGAUGUUAUUAAUUUGUUUCACUGUAA